AUGACGCUUCAGCAUAGCAAAUGCACAGUGCCCCAUCUGGAUUGCAGCGACACAGAGGCCGUAAACCGCUGCUUUGGUGUCGCUGAGACAAUGAACCUGUCGAGCGACCUUCUCACGUUGCUCCUCGAGCAACAAGUCGCCGACUCAAAUCUGUCAUCGGACGAGUACAAUUUUCAUGCACUCCCCCUCGCGAGCUACGGCGCAGGAUCACCUGAGUGCGAGUUGCAAAGCUUCAGGGGCAUGAUGAGCCAUCCGCCAGUGUUUCCCGGGAAAGAGUUUCCAAUCAAAAGCUGGGGGCGCACCUGCUUCGGUGCAUUCCUCAUAUUCUCCCUCUUCUUCCUGUCCCAAGAAUCCAAUCCUGGUUACAAGAUUGGGCGGGGUAUCAGUUCGAUGCUUCAGAGUAGUGGCAACCAUGAGAUCCCCCAGCCACAAGAGAACAGCACCCUAUGUCUCGGCAUCUAUUGCUUAGAAGGACCCCAUCUUCGGCAAUCGCUUGUAAUGCAACCGAGUCACUUUUUUAUCAAAAUACAUGAAGCUUGGACAAUAUCCAAAUGCUAUGGCCGAGCCGUCGGUGCCCCAGGCAUCUUCAGUUUGGAGAUGACUUACGUAGGCAAGCACAUGCUCCGGGUGGACUAUAUGGCACACCAGGAGGGCGACUACAAGCUGUGGAUCUCCUGCGCUGAUUACGUUCCCCCCUGGACUCCACCAGAGCUUCCAACCUCGGCCAUAUUCACCCCGUGGUUCCAUCAUCAAACUCUCCCCAUGCUACCAACCGUGCUGACCAUUCUCCCCAACUCAAAGGUCGAACCAAGGGGCUGCCAACCUUGCCAAGGCCCUGAUAUCGGUACUUUCUCAGGGCAAUGGGUUAACGCCACGGAUCUUCAGGCAUACUGCGGGGAACAUGUGCUUGGGGCGGUCCACGAAUGGUUCGAAGACGACUUCGUCUGGGCUGCCCGCCAGUGCACCUAUCCGUUUCGGUCCCGGGCCGAGUUUCUGGAGCGGUUCGAUGGGGCCAGCAUCCUUUUUGCUGGGGACUCCACGAUGAGGGGCCAAUUCAUCGAUAUGCAGAAUUGGCUUUGGUAUGGCAUCGGCCCGGAGACUUUGCAGGCGCCUUUCGUCUACUUCAAUGAAACCAGCUUCCACAGCUCUUGGGAUGAGCGUGUCUCUGGUUUCAACACCGAGAACGACAUGCGGGCCGUUACACCAAAUCCGUUUGAGGUGGGCCGGUUUCGAGCAGAGUAUAUCGAGGUAACGAAUCCCGUCACAAGGUUUGAAGACGUCGUGCUGCGCACAGCAUGGAGAAACAAGGUUGAGCUUGCCAAGUACCACUAUCACGCAACAGUGAUAAACUACGGCUUACUUGUGUACCGAUCAACCGGGGCAAAGCAUUCAUGGGACCAUGCUUGUGUUGAGGACUGGCCAUAUCCACGGGGCAUGUGUCAGCUGGAUCGAGGAAUUACACAAAUGAUAGAAGAUGUCUAUGAUAAUUCGUGGGAUGGCGACCUCGUAAGGCUGGACAUGUACAAUCUGACGCAUAUGCGGCCCGAUCGAGCAUUGGAUGGCUAUCAUUUUUUCCCUAGGCCAUGCUUUCACCACCAUAACAAAACGGUAUGCAGUUGGAGGCCGGAGAUCCCAAAAUGUUGCUUCGCUCCUGAUUUUCCUCAAGUCGGUUCGCUGACGUUAACGAAUAUAAUGAUUAACCUCCUGUGGCACGAUCCACGGUUAUUGAAACAUUAGGAACAGAUGGCAACGCAAGUGCUAAACAAGUGAAUUCGUGUCAAAGUUGUUUGAAGAUCGGAGUUCGCAUCGGUUUAGGUUGUAGUACUGAAUGAGUGAA